CUGAAGUUCUGCCAGACGGCGAUCCUGGGGUGCGGGACCUGCAGGUGGACUUCGGAUGCCAAACUCGCUAGAAACAAUGCAAAUCGGGAACAGGCAUGGCCCCCUUCCCCGCCCUUUAAGGGGAAGCUGUGGUCAAAAGCUUUUUGUUCCGCAACUGCGCUCCCCAGAUCUUGGGCGCACCGCCUCGACUGUGGUCUCCGUCCUCUGAGCUGCGCUUUCUAGUGACUUGGAUUUUCUUCCCGCGAACGUCGGGUUCCUAGAGGUACCGGGGGAAGAUGGGAGCCGGAUCUCCGAGGAGCCCCGAGCCUCCGUGGCCGCCAGCGCCCUCUCUCUCCGGCUCCAGAGGAGCCCUCCUGGCGGUGCUGAUGCUGCUCGCGCUGCCGGCUGCCUGGGGUCAAUGCCAAGCCCCGCCAUAUCUUCCAUCUGCCAUGCCUACAACACUGACUGAUGAGGCUGAGUUUCCCAUUGGAACAUCUUUGCAGUAUAAAUGCCGCCCUGGUUACCAGAGGAGAGUUUUCUCUAUCACCUGCCUAAAAAACUCAGUCUGGUCAAGCCCUGCAACCUGUACCCGUAAAUCAUGUGGAACUCCUUCCGAGCCCACAAAUGGCAAAAUGGAAAUAACUGGAGAAGGCAAGUUUGGAUCAAGAAUUAAUUAUUCUUGUAAUGAAGGAUACCAACUCAUUGGUGAAGCGUCUAAUUAUUGCGCCAUCGUAGGCAAUACUGUCGCCUGGGAAAAUGAAGUACCUGUUUGUCAGAUUAUUCAAUGUAAGUCACCACCAACCAUCGCCAACGGAUAUUUUGUUGACAACAGCGGAGACUUUUUUCCAUACGGAAUAGUGGUGACCUACCGCUGCAAUGACAGAAAAGGAAGGGAAAAGUUUGAACUCGUGGGCGAGAAGUCAAUAUAUUGCACCAGCAAAGAUCAAGUGGGCCUGUGGAGCGGCCCUGCCCCUCAGUGCAUCGUACCUAACAAGUGCACGCCUCCGCACGUUGAAAAUGGAGUAAGGGAGUCUGAGAACAGAAGCUUGUUCUCCUUAAAUGACAUCGUGAGCUUUAGGUGUCAGCCUGGCUUUGUCAUGAAAGGCCCCUCCAGUGUGCGCUGCCAGGCCCAAAACAGAUGGGAGCCCGAGCUGCCCAGCUGCUCCAGGGUUUGUCAGCGGCCUCCGGAAAUCCUGCAUGGCCAGCACAGCCCCAGCGACAAGGACAGCUUUUCCCCUGGGCAGGAGGUGCGCUACAGCUGUGAGCCCGGCUAUGACCUCAGAGGGGCCGCCUCUCUGCGCUGUACAGCCCAGGGGGACUGGAGCCCGGCCGCCCCCACAUGCGCAGUGAAAUCAUGUGCUGCCUUCCGGGACCGACUUCCUAAUGGCCGUGUGCUCUCUCCACUUAACUUCCAGCUUGGAGCAAAAGUGUCCUUCGUUUGUGAUGAGGGAUUCCAUCUACAAGGCAGCUCUGCCAGCCAUUGUGUCUUGGUUGGAAUGGAGAGCCUCUGGAAUAGCAGUGUCCCUGUGUGUGAACAAAUCUUAUGUCCAAAUCCUCCAGAUAUUCAUAAUGGAAGACACACAGGAAAACCUCUGGAAAUCUUUUCUUUUGGAAAAGAAGUAACUUACACAUGUGAUCCCCAACCAGACAGAGGGAUGAACUUCAGUCUCAUUGGGGAGAGCACCAUCCGCUGCACAAAUGACAGUCGAGGGAACGGGAUCUGGAGCGGCCCUGCCCCUCGCUGUGGACAUCCGGGUUACUGUAAUGCUCCAGAUCAUUUUCAAUUUGCUGAGUUGAAAACCCAAACCAAUGAAUCUGCAUUUCCUAUUGGGACAUCUUUAAAGUAUGAAUGCCGCCCUGAGUACUACAGGAGGACAUUCUCUAUCAGGUGUCUACACAACUUGGAGUGGUCAGGUGCCCCGAAUGUCUGUAAACGUAAAGUAUGUAAAACUCCUGCAGAGCCUCUGCAUGGGAUGGUGCACAUAGACACAGACAUCAGCCUUGGAUCCAGAAUUAAUUAUUCUUGUAAUACAGGGUAUCAACUCAUUGGUGACUCAUCUGCCAAAUGUAUCAUCUCAAACAAUACUGCCAUUUGGGAUACAGAGCCACCACUCUGUCAACGUAUUCAUUGUAAGCCACCACCAACCAUCGCCAACGGAUAUUUCAGUAGCAACAGCAGAGACUAUUUUCCAUACGGAAUAGUGGUGAUCUAUCACUGCAAUGACAGAAAAGGAAGGGAAAAGUUUGAACUCGUGGGCGAGGAGUCAAUAUAUUGCACCAGCAAAGAUCAAGUGGGCCUGUGGAGCGGCCCUGCCCCUCAGUGCAUCGUACCUAAUAAGUGCAUGCCUCCGCACGUUGAAAAUGGAGUAAGGGAGUCUGAGAACAGAAGCUUGUUCUCCUUAAAUGACAUCGUGAGCUUUAGGUGUCAGCCUGGCUUUGUCAUGAAAGGCCCCUCCAGUGUGCGCUGCCAGGCCCAAAACAGAUGGGAGCCCGAGCUGCCCAGCUGCUCCCCGGUUUGUCAGCGGCCUCCGGAAAUCCUGCAUGGCCAGCACAGCCCCAGCGACAAGGACAGCUUUUCCCCUGGGCAGGAGGUGCGCUACAGCUGUGAGCCCGGCUAUGACCUCAGAGGGGCCGCCUCUCUGCGCUGUACGCCCCAGGGGGACUGGAGCCCGGCCGCCCCCACAUGCGCAGUGAAAUCAUGUGCUGCCUUCCGGGACCGACUUCCUAAUGGCCGUGUGCUCUCUCCACUUAACUUGGAGCUUGGAGCUAAAGUGUCCUUCGUUUGUGAUGAGGGGUUUCAUUUACAGGGAAGUUCUUCUAGUCACUGUGUCAGGGUUGGAACGAAGAGCCUUUGGAAUAACAGUGCUCCUGUGUGUGAACAAAUCUUUUGUCCGGAUCCCCCUGCUAUUCUUAAUGGAAACCACAUAGGAACUUCUCUCAGAGACAUUCCCUAUGGAACAGAAAUAUCUUAUACAUGUGACUCCCACCCAGACAGAGGGCUGACCUUCAAUCUCAUUGGGGAGCGCACCAUCCGCUGCACCAGUGACAGUCAAGGGCACGGGAUCUGGAGCGGCCCUGCCCCUCGCUGUGAACUUUCUGGUCCUGCUGGUUACUGUAAAGCUCCAGACCCAUUUCUGUUUGCCAAGCCUACAACCCUAACUGAUGAGUCUGAGUUUCCAGUGGGGACAUCUUUGAGCUACAGGUGCUCCCCUGGGUAUUUUGAGAAGAUAUUCUCUAUCACCUGCUUAGAAAAUUUGGUUUGGUCAAAUGUGGAAGAUGGCUGUAGACGAAAAUCAUGUGGCUCUCCACCAAAACCUUUCAAUGGCAUGGUGCAAAUAAACACAGAUACUUACUUUGGAUCAACAGUGAAUUAUUCGUGUAAUGAAGGGUAUCGACUCAUUGGCUCCCCAUCUGCUGCUUGUAACCUCUCAGGCAAUAGCGUCACUUGGGAUCAGGAGGCGCCUGUCUGUGAAAGGAUAUCUUGUGAGCCACCCCCAGCCAUAUUCAACGGAGACUUCUACAGCAGCAGUAGAAAUGUUUUCCAAUAUGCAACACGGGUAACUUAUCGAUGUCACACUGGGCCGAAUGGAGAAAAGCUGUUUGACCUCAAGGGAGAACAAUUUCUAUAUUGUAUCAGCAAAGAUGGUCAACUUGGUGUUUGGAGCAGCCCUCCUCCUCAGUGUAUUUCUGCUAAUAAAUGCACAAUUCCGGAAGUUGAAAAUGGGAUUAGAGCAUCAGGAAAUAGGAGUUUAUUCUCUUUAAAUGACAUGGUGAGAUUCAGAUGUCAGCCUGGUUUUGUUAUGAAAGGGCCCAACACUGUGCAAUGCCAAGCCAACAAUACAUGGGUGCCUGAGCUGCCAAGCUGCUCCAGGGUUUGUCAGCUGCCUCCAGAAAUCCUGCAUGGCCAGCACAGCCCCAGCGACAAGGACAGCUUUUCCCCUGGGCAGGAGGUGCUGUACAGCUGUGAGCCCGGCUAUGACCUCAGAGGGGCCGCCUCUCUGCGCUGUACGCCCCAGGGAGACUGGAGCCCGGCCCACCCCACAUGCGCAGUGAAAUCAUGUGCUGCCUUCCGGGACCGACUUCCUAAUGGCCGUGUGCUCUCGCCACUUAACUUCGAGCUUGGAGCUAAAGUGUCCUUCGUUUGUGAUGAGGGGUUCCGAUUAAAAGGCAGCUCUGUUAGCCACUGUGUCUUGGUCGGAAUGAAAAGCCGUUGGAGCAGCAGUGUCCCUGUGUGUGAACAAAUCUUUUGUACAAAUCCUCCAGCUAUCCUUAAUGGAAAACACACAGGAACUUCUCUGAGAGUCAUUCCCUAUGGAACAGAAAUAUCUUAUACAUGCGACUCCCACCCAGACAGAGGGACGACCUUCAGCCUCAUUGGGGAGCGCACCAUCCGCUGCACAAGUGACAGUCAAGGGCACGGGAUCUGGAGCGGCCCUGCCCCUCGCUGUGAACUUUCUGGUCAAUGCCAAGCCCCGCCAUAUUUUCCAUCUGCCAUGCCUACAACACUGACUGAUGAGGCUGAGUUUCCCAUUGGAACAUCUUUGCAGUAUAAAUGCCGCCCUGGUUACCAGAGGAGAGUUUUCUCUAUCACCUGCCUAAAAAACUCAGUCUGGUCAAGCCCUGCAACCUGUACCCGUAAAUCAUGUGUAACUCCUUCCGAACCCAUAAAUGGCAAAAUGGAAAUAACUGGAGAAGGCAAGUUUGGAUCAAGAAUUAAUUAUUCUUGUAAUGAAGGAUACCAACUCAUUGGUGAAACUUCUAAUUAUUGCGCCAUCGUAGGUAAUACUGUCGCCUGGGAAAAUGAAGUACCUGUUUGUCAGAUUAUUCAAUGUAAGACACCACCAACCAUCACCAACGGAUUUUUCGUUAGCUACAGCGGAGACGAUUUUCCAUACGGAAUAGUGGUAACCUACCGCUGCAAUGACAGAAAAGGAAGGGAAAAGUUUGAACUCGUGGGCGAGAAGUCAAUAUAUUGCACCAGCAAAGAUCAAGUGGGCCUGUGGAGCGGCCCUGCCCCUCAGUGCAUCGUACCUAAUAAGUGCACGCCUCCGCACGUUGAAAAUGGAGUAAGGGAGUCUGAGAACAGAAGCUUGUUCUCCUUAAAUGACAUCGUGAGCUUUAGGUGUCAGCCUGGCUUUGUCAUGAAAGGCCCCUCCAGUGUGCGCUGCCAGGCCCAAAACAGAUGGGAGCCUGAGCUGCCCAGCUGCUCCCCGGGAUGUCAGCGGCCUCCAGAAAUCCUGCAUGGCCAGCACAGCCCCAGCGACAAGGACAGCUUUUCCCCUGGGCAGGAGGUGCGCUACAGCUGUGAGCCCGGCUAUGACCUCAGAGGGGCCGCCUCUCUGCGCUGUACGCCCCAGGGGGACUGGAGCCCGGCCGCCCCCACAUGCGCAGGGAAAUCAUGUGCUGCCUUCCGGGACCAACUUCCUAAUGGCCGUGUGCUCUCUCCACUUAACUUCGAGCUUGGAGCCAAAGUGUCCUUCGUUUGUGAUGAGGGAUUCCAUCUACAAGGCAGCUCUGCCAGCCAUUGUGUCUGGGUUGGAAUGGAGAGCCUCUGGAAUAGCAGUGUCCCUGUGUGUGAACAAAUCUUAUGUCCAAAUCCUCCAGAUAUUCCUAACGGAAGACACACAGGAAAACAUCUGGAAAUCUUUUCUUUUGGAAAAGAAGUAACUUACACAUGUGAUCCCCAACCAGACAGAGGGAUGAACUUCAGUCUCAUUGGGGAGAGCACCAUCCGCUGCACAAAUGACAGUCAAGGGAACGGGCUCUGGAGCGGCCCUGCCCCUCGCUGUGAACUUUCUGGUCCUGCUGCAUGCCCACCUCCACCCAAGGUGCACAAUGGGCAUCACACUGGAGGACGUGUAUCUCCAUAUCUUCCUGGGAUGAUCGUCAACUACACCUGUGACCCAGGCUACCUGUUGGUGGGGAAAGGUUUCAUUUUAUGUACACAUGAGGGAAGCUGGAGCCAAGUCUACCAUUAUUGCAAAGAGGUAAAAUGCAGCCUCCCAGAGUUUAUGAAUGGAAUCUGGAAGGAGUUGGACAUGAGGCAAGAAUUUCGAUUUCAAGAUAAUGUAACCUUGGAGUGUAAAGAUGGAUAUACUCUGGAAGGCAGUCCCCGGAGCCAGUGCCAGGCAGAUCACACAUGGGACCCUCCUCUGGCUACAUGUACUAGUACAUCUGGCCGACGCAAUGCUCGCAUUAUUGGCAUAUCCUCCAGUGUGGUCAUCUUUAUUAUGCUCGUCAUUAUUUCCUGGAUGAUUCUAAAGCGCAAAAAACGCAGUGAUACAGAUGCAAAAUCUAAGGAAGUCAGUAUCCAUUUACAUCCCCAAGAAGGGAGCUGUGAUCAUGCGCCAAGUCUGCAGACAAGUGAGGAACAUAGCAGAGGCACCUGCUCCUUGGCUCCCUCGGGAUUCCCACUGAUCUCCCCGACAAUGACGGCUUUUGGCGGGACGCGAACCACACCUCCCCGGCGCCCUGAGAGCCCCUUCUCCUCUUGGAGCUUCGUUGGGGUCCUUUUGGUGGCUCUAGUGCUCCAGUUGCCCACAUCCUUCGGGGUUUUUUGUGACCCUCCUCCUCCUAUCCGAAAUGGUUGGAAUAGUUAUGCUUCUGGCUCCAUACCUCUUAACACUUUGGUGAGGUACAGUUGUCCCCCUAGCUACCGCAUCAUUGGAGAAAAGAAUCUUUUUUGUAUAAGCCGAGACCAAGUGAAAGGAAUCUGGGAUAAACCUGCUCCUAUAUGUGAAUAUUACAACAGAAGAUCUAUUUGCUCUGAGCCCGUAGUGGCAGGGGGACACAAAGAUAAAAGAUCUAGACCACCAUACAGACAUGGUGAUUCUGUGACCUUUACCUGUGAUGCCAACUUCACCAUGAAAGGAAGCAAGACCGUUUGGUGCCAAGCAAAUAGAAGGUGGGGGCCGACACCACUACCAACCUGUGAGAGUGAUUUCCCCCUGGAGUGUCCACCACUUCCCAUGAUCCCCAAUGGACAUCACACAGCAGAGAAUGUCAGCCUCUUUGUCCCUGGACUGUCUGUGACUUACAGCUGUGAACCUGGCUACUUGCUUGUUGGAGAAACGACCAUUCGUUGUUUGUCUUCAGGAAACUGGAGUGCAGUCAUUCCACAAUGUGAAGAAAUCCUUUGCCCACCACCUCCUCCUAUUCUCAAUGGAAGGCAUACAGGCAACCCUUCAGUGAACGUUUCAUUCGGAAGCACAGUCACUUACACUUGUGACCCGGGCCCAGAGAGAGGAGUGGACUUCAUCCUGAUUGGGAAGGACACUAUCCAUUGCACCACUGACAGUCAGAAGACUGGGAUCUGGAGUGGUCCUGCCCCACGCUGCGAACUUUCUCCUCCUGGAAUUCACUGUCCACCUCCCCAGAUCCUAAGAGGCCAAACAUUGUCUGGGAAGAAAGAUCAAUAUUCAUAUAAUGACACUGUGGUAUUUGAUUGCUUGUUGGGCUUCACCUUGAAAGGUAGCGAGAGAAUAAGGUGCAGUGCCCAAGGCACAUGGGAGCCCUCUGCACCUGUCUGUGAAAAGGAGUGCCAAGCCCCUCCUGAAAUCCUCCAUGGGCAAAAGGAAGAUCGACGCAGGAUGAGCUUUGAGCCUGGGACAUCCAUAAAAUACAGCUGUGACCCUGGCUAUGUGCUGGUGGGCGAAGAAUCCAUACAUUGCACCUCUGAGGGGGUGUGGACACCCACUGUCCCCAAAUGCAAAGUGGCAGAGUGUGAACCUAUAGGAAAGUAUCUCUACAAAAAACCUCAGAAUCAAUUGAUUAGACCAGAUGUUAAAUCUUCUUGUGAUGAAGGGUCCCGGUUAGGUGAGAGUGUUUAUCAGCUGUGUCAAGGCACCAUUCCUUGGUUUAUGGAGAUUCGUCUUUGUAAAAAAAUCACCUGCCCACCGCCCCCUGUUAUCGACAAUGGGGCACACACAGGGAGUUCCUCAGAAGACUUUCCAUAUGGAACCACAGUCACUUAUUCCUGUAGCCCUGGGCCAGAGAAAGGCGUGGAAAUCAACCUCAUCGGGGAGAGCACCAUCCGUUGUACAAGCAAUGGUCAGGAGAGGGGCAUCUGGAGUGGCCCUGCUCCUCUCUGUAAACUUUCCCUCCCUGCUGUUCAGUGCUCACAUGCCUACAUUGAAAAUGGAUACCAGAUAUCGGGCAAGGAAGCCCCAUAUGUCUACAACGACAGUGUGACAUUCAAAUGUGAUGAUGGAUUUACUUUGAAGGGCAGCAGUGAGGUUCGUUGCAAAGCCAAUGACACCUGGGAUCCCCAAAUACCCGUUUGUGAGAAAGACUGCCAGCCACCUUCGGGGCUGCACCAUGGUCGGCAUACAGGCAAAAAUAGGGUCCUCUUUGUCUCUGGGAUGACUGUAGACUACACCUGUGACCCCGGCUACUCACUUGUGGGAAACAAAUCCAUUCACUGUAUGCCUUCCGGAAAUUGGAGCCCUUCUGCCCCUCAGUGUGAAGAAGCGCCAUGUGAGCCCACGGGAGAAGAUGUUCAAGAGCUUCCAGCUGAUUCGCAUGUGGUUCUAGUUAAUACAUCCUGUCAAGAUGGGUAUCAGCUGACUGGACAUACUUAUCAGAAGUGUGAAGAUGCUGAGACUGGGGUUUGGUUCCGAAGGAUUCCACUCUGUGAAGCUAUUCACUGUCCACGUCCACCAGUGAUUAACAACGGGAGGCACACAGGUGUGAGGGCAGAACGCUUUCUCUAUGGAAUUGAAAUCUCUUAUGAAUGUGACCAAGGAUUCUCUCUUCUGGGAGAGAGAAACAUACGAUGCAUAAGUGAUUCUGAAGGACAUGGAUCUUGGAGUGCACCUCCUCCACGGUGCUUAAAACCUCCUCCUGUGGCCCACUGCCCUCACCCAGAGGUCAAACAUGGAUACAUGCUGAAUAAAACUCAUUUGUCAUAUUCCCUCAAUGACACUGUAUAUGUUGCCUGCAACCCUGGUUUCAUCAUGAAUGGCAGUGACUUGGUUAGGUGCCAUGCCAAUAACAAAUGGGUGCCAGGUGUACCAACGUGUAUCAAAAAGGGGUCACUUGCUCCUCUUCUUGGUGGUCUUUCUGCAGGUUUCAUGGUUCUUAUCUGCUUGGUUAGUGUCACCUUGUGCAUGAUAUUAAAACACAGAAAAUACAAUUAUAGACAUAAAAGCCUCAUAGAAGAAGAUCUUCAUUUAGAGACACGAGAAGUAUAUUCUGUUGAUCCAUACAACCCAGCAAGAUAACCAGAAGUGUGCCUCCUUGCUUGGAAUGCAGCUGAACAUGGGUUGGAAAGAAACCAUUUGAAUAUCAGCAAGCCGAUCUGUAUGGGCUCCACAUCACUAAAAUGAUGCCUUAAGCUGUAACUUCCUGUUUGCACUUAUUCUCGAGCAGCACAAGGAACGUUUGCCUGAUGAGAAAGUUGGGAGCCCAGUGUCACUGCCACCUGCUCUCCAAGGACUUUCUGAAGCCUCACCUGUGAUGUGCCUGGAGCCAGGCUUUGGCUAUAAGCAGUUACAUACUAGUAGCUCUGAGGAGUCAUCUUUUCUAGGAAAGCACUAAAGUGAACUGUUUUUAUAUGCAGACUCUUCCUUUUUUAUAAUCAGCAUACUUACUGUUACCACAUACUUUUGGUUAUAGUGUGGUUUUAAUUAUUUAGUCAUAGUAUGAAGGAUUUCCUGUGGUUUUCAUGGGCAUAUCUUUAUAGAAAAGUCUGAUUUUAUUUUAAUAGUGGUUUUUCUUCUCAGAUAGAGUUAAACAUUUCAUUUUAAUUUCCACUUGGUUUCAGGUUUUCUCACACUAUACUUUGUGUUUCCAUAAUCACUCAGUAAUUCCAACCCAAACAAGUUUUUUCUUUUAAUUAUGGGAGUGAAAUGUUAAUUCCAAAGUUUUUGUGUACAAUUUAAUCUUUAGAUAUAUUCUUGGUGCUUUUGUCAGAAGAUCUGGUUGCUUGUAAAAUGUCAUUUCAAAUAAAUUUUAUCUUUAAAAA